AUGAACGCACUUAUUCGCAACACCACUCUCACCUUCAGCCGCAGACACAAAUAUGAACUUGUCAGUCUACAAGGGAAAGAAACCACUCUCAAAUCUAUCAGCUACAGACGAAGAAGAGCCAAACAAAGGAAAAUAUUUCUCACAACUUAUAAACUAUCUUCUCUGAAUCAUUUUGUAGAGCCGAAAAGGCCUAAGAUCAAAAGGGUUGCUGUUAAGGUAAAGAAUAUUGCUAACUCAGUUUUGAUGUUUAUGAAAACUGGUACUUUCAGAUCCUGUCGUUCUAAGUCUGCAAUUUCAGAAACCUCCCCUGUACCAAAUAGGAAGAUACUCUGA